GGGGAGGAAGACGGCCCCUCGAAUCCCUGGCAGAAAGAGUUAAACACAUACGUGCUCUCAAAGGGACGGCACUAUGGAGAUUUUGGUUAAUGCAAAGAAGGAGCUUUUCUGCGCGCUGUGCGCUUCUCUCCUGCUCCUCUCCUGGGUCACAUCUGCAGAGGAAGGCGCUCAAGUGAAAAACUCCCAGUGUCACAACUACGCGGGAGGACACGUCUAUCCAGGAGAGGCUUCCCGUGUUCCUGUGUCCGACCAUUCCCUGCACCUCAGCAAAGCCAAAAUUUCAAAGCCGGCACCACCCUUUGAAGGAACAGCAGUCAUCAAUGGUGAAUUCAAGGAGCUGAAACUGUCCGACUACAGAGGCAAAUAUCUGGUCUUCUUCUUCUAUCCCCUUGACUUCACGUUUGUCUGCCCCACUGAGAUCAUUGCAUUCAGCGAUCGUGUGCAUGAGUUUCAGGCCAUCCAAACAGACGUGGUUGCCUGCUCUGUGGACUCCCAGUUCACCCAUCUGGCCUGGAUCAAUACACCCAGGAAGCAGGGUGGACUUGGACCAAUGAAAAUCCCCCUAUUGUCUGACCUCACUCACCAGAUCUCAAAGGACUAUGGAGUUUACCUGGAGGACCAGGGACACACACUAAGGGGACUCUUCAUCAUUGAUGACAAAGGCAUUCUGAGGCAGAUCACUAUGAAUGAUCUUCCAGUGGGAAGAUCUGUGGAUGAGACUCUUCGGCUAGUCCAGGCAUUCCAGUACACUGACAAACAUGGAGAAGUGUGUCCAGCAGGAUGGAAGCCAGGCAGUGACACAAUCAUCCCCGACCCUUCAGGCAAGCUGAAAUAUUUUGAUAAACUGAACUGAUUUGAGUCUCUGUUUUCCCAGAGUCUGUGAAAUCCACUACUUACUGAAAGUUCAAAUAAAAUGUGUUUUCUUAA